AACAAGAUUCAAAGGCUGAAGAGCUAGAAAGUAGAGACACACAAUCCAAAAGAGUCUUAUUGAAGGGUGAGGGUCACCUUGGAAAUCCAUCCAUGCCAUGGCUCCCACUCUUACAUCCAAUUCAUCUUUUUUAAGCACCAGUCCUCAUUCAAGGGUGAGCCUCCGGAAUCCAAGGCUGAGAGUCUUUGCCAAGAAGUCUGGAUCAUUCCCAUCAUUUGGACUAGGCAAGCCCAAAGAUGAUUCUUCUUCUGCUGAAGAAAAAGAUAACUCAUCCAAUUCCAACCCCUUUCGUUUGGACUUUGGAAAGAUACCCGAUGUAACGUCUUUGAUCCCAGUUCCAAGCAACACUUCUGCGCCAGGCUUUUCUUUUGGAAACACAAGGCGCAAGGACCCUUCAACAGUGUUUGUUGCCGGCGCAACGGGGCAGGCUGGUAUUCGCAUUGCACAAACGUUGUUAAGGGAAGGUUUCAGUGUACGGGCUGGAGUCCCCGAACUUGGUUCUGCCCAAGAACUUGCUCGUCUCGCUACUCAAUACAAGAUUAUAUCAAAUGAACAGGCAAAGCGUCUGAACGCUGUGCAAUCAAGCUUUGACAAUGCAGACACAAUAGCCAAAGCAAUAGGCAAUGCCGGCAAGGUGGUUGUCACCAUUGGUCCGACAGAGAAUGGUCCAACCGCAGAGGUAUCUUCAUCAGAUGCCUUGCAAGUGGUUCAGGCAGCACAGCUGGCAGGAGUAGGCCAUGUGGCCAUCGUCUAUGACGAGAGCAGCACUGGGGCCUCAACCUACAAUGUACUGGAUGGCCUCUCAUCCUUCUUCAACAACCUCUUCUCCAGGUCUCAACCGUUGACCAUACAAGAGUUCUUGCAGAAAGUCAUUGAAACGGAUGUCAAGUACACCUUCAUCAAGACAAGUUUGACUGAUGAUUUCUCACCGGAGAGUUCCUACAAUGUGGUUGUCUUGGGCGAAGGAAGCGCCAGUGCAAACGACUAUAAAGUAGCAAAGUCCAAGAUCGCAUCGUUGGUGGCUGAUGUCUUCUCCAACACAGAGGUAGCAGAAAACAAGGUUGUGAAAGUGCACUCGGAUCCCAGUGCCCCCUUGAAGCGUGUAGAUGAACUUUUCAGCCCUAUUCCUGAGGAUGGAAGAAGGAAAGCCUAUGCUGAAAUGCAGGAAAAAACAAAGGCAGAGGAAGAAGCAAGAGUGGCAGCUGAAAAGGCCCGUGAAGCUUCUGAAUCAGCAAAGAAGUUGGAAGAAGAGGUGAAAAGGCUUUCACAGCAAGAAACACGGGCUGCAAGUCUGGCUCAAGAGGCCCAAGAGAAGGCAGAGGCUGGCGGGGCUUCAGUUGAAAACCUCUUGAACAAGGCAAAAGACUUUGGUGCAGGGUUUUCCUGGGAAAAGUUGAGCUCACAGAUUACUACUUCAAUCCAAAAGCCUGAUGAGGAUGAGAAACCAAAGGUGCAGCUAGCCACUGUAAGGGGACAGGCCAAGGCUCGGAAUCUCGCGCCUAACAAAGCAGUGGUCAAACAAACACCUCAGAGAAGUGCAGCUAAACCAAAGGUGGAAAAACCAAAGCAGACAGAGACACCAAAGGAGGUGAGGAAAGUAUUUGGUGGCCUGUUCAAGCAAGAGACUAUCUAUGUUGAUGAUGACUAGUGGAAGCGGAACAUAUUAUCUUGCACGGCAUAAAACUAUGUUGUUUGAGUCUGUGUUAACGUAGAUAAUUUGGUUGCAUGUGUAUGGUCUUGUAAAGUUCUAUGUUUGAAGCAGAAUAUUUAUGUAGUUGUACUGGUUCAGAACCCUAUUUUCGGGGGAAAACAAUAAAAGGGUUUUCCCUUAUCUUCUCUCCUCUCUUGCUAAUAAUUAAUAUUGUCUUUGGCAACGGUCUUGCCUUGCUUCA